GUUGGACAAAAUACUGUAAAUCCUUUCAUUAUGGGUGAUUCUGAUGAUGAAUACGACAGGAAGAGAAGAGACAAAUUUAGAGGAGAAAGAACGGAAUCUUAUUCGAGAGAAGGACGCCGAGAUGAUAGGAGGAGAGAUGAUUGGGUGGAUAGUGAUUAUUCCAGAGAAUGGUCCAGUCGGCCUAGACAACGUCCAGAUUAUAGGGAAUAUCGUGGAGGUGGAGGUGGAGGACGCGAUAGAUAUAGUCCUGGUAGGUCGCAAGAGAUGGCUCCUCCUAUGAAAAGGAUGAGAGCGGAUUGGGAUGAUCGACCAAGAUAUGGACAUGAUUAUUAUGGAGGUGGAGGAGGUGGUGCAACUUCUUGGGGUCCAGAUCAUUAUCCACCACCCCAUCAUGGCAAUCAUCACUAUGGAAACCAUGGUAACAAUAACAGUCGAGAAGUAGCCGGUAACUUCAGCAAUUCCAAUGUUGAAACUCAACCACCAAUGAUGUCUUUCAAAGCAUUUCUUGGAACUCAAGAAGAUUCAAUUACAGAUGAGGAAGCUAUUAAGCGAUAUAACGAAUAUAAAUUGGAAUUCAGAAGGCAACAAUUGAAUGAAUUCUUCGUUGCACACAAGGAUGAAGAAUGGUUCAAAAUAAAAUAUCAUCCAGAGGAAUCAGUAAAGAGAAAGGAGGAACAAGUGGCAGCUUUAAAGAAACGCGUUGAAGUAUUUUUAGAAAUGCUCGAAGGUGAAGAAAUAGAUAAAGUUUCCGUAGAUGCCGAUCAGGCUGAUGCGUUACUACAUUUAUUAGAUGCUGUGGUCAUUAAAUUAGAAGGUGGUACAGAUGAAGAUUUACAAGUUUUAGACGUAAAGCAAAUAAAUACAAUUAUAACUAAAGAUACAAUCAAAGAUAAAGAGGACAUCAAAAACAAAACUAUGAAUGAUAAGAGAAUUGAUAACAGCGAUAUGAAUAAAAUGGAUGAAACUUCAAGGACAGAGAAAAAUUUAAAAAAUGGACAGAAUGCAGAUGUUGAAGAUAAAAACACAGAAAAAGAUGAAACUUUAACAGAAGAGAUUGAAAAAAUAGAAGAAAAUACAGAAGAAACAAAAAAAGAGGGAGAUUUAGAUAAUGCAGAUAAAACAGAGGAAAGUACUACUAAAAAAAGGAAACGAACUGAUAGUAAUAGUAGUAGCAGUAGCAGUAGUAGCAGUAGUAGUUCUUCUGGCAGUGAUAGUAAUAAACCGGAUACACCGAAAACAGAAACUCAUAUAACUGAAAAAAUGGAUGUUAAUGAUGAAAAUACAGAUGCACAAGAUGGUAAAGAAGACGAUCGAGAGAUUAAAGGGGAUAGUGAACCACAACCAGAAGCUAAAAAGACUGCUAUGGAACCAGAAACAGUAAUUGAUUUAGCUAGCGAAGAUAAAGAAAAAGAACCCAGAGCAUUACACAAGACUAGCAGCAUUUUCCUUCGUAAUUUAGCACCUACGAUAACAAAAGCAGAAGUUGAAGCGAUGUGUAAACGUUUUCCUGGAUUUUUACGAGUUGCCAUAGCAGAUCCUCAACCAGAAAGAAGGUGGUUUAGAAGAGGAUGGGUAUCUUUUGAAAGACAAGUAAACAUAAAAGAGAUAUGUUGGAGUUUAAACAACAUUCGAUUACGCGAUUGUGAACUUGGUGCUAUAGUAAACCGAGACCUUUCUCGUCGUAUUCGUACAGUAAAUGGUAUAACAUCACAUAAACAAAUAGUCAGACACGAUAUCAAAUUAAGCGCUAAAAUCGUACACAAUUUGGAUAGCAGAGUUGGUUUGUGGACCGAUGAAAAAAAAGAUGAUAAUACGCUUAAACAGGACGACGACAAUAAAGAAAAUAAAAGUAUUCAAAAUGUACAUGAAGUUGAGCAAGCUGCAUUUGGAUUGUCAUCUAAAAAUCCGGUAUUGAAGAAUAUAACUGAUUAUCUGAUUGAAGAAGCAUCGGCUGAAGAAGAAGAAUUAUUAGGAAUGUCUGGUGAUCAAGAAGAGGGUCAAUUAGGAGGUGAUGGAGAUGGUCCUAUUGAAAGAGAUCCAACGCUUAUCAAGGUGUUAGACAGAUUAAUCCUUUAUUUACGAAUAGUUCAUUCAGUUGAUUAUUAUAAUCAUUGUGAAUAUCCAAAUGAAGAUGAAAUGCCAAAUAGAUGUGGCAUAAUGCACGUCAGAGGAUCUCCUCCUACUGCCAAAGUUACUAGUACUGAGUUAUCAGAAUAUUGUCGUAAUUUUGAAAGCAAAAUGACAGCAUUUUUGCAACCAAUUGCAACUUUAUCUCAAGAGGAAUUUGAUAAAUUGGGUGCUAAGAAUGCCGAAGCUGAGGUAGAAAAAUUCGUUCAAGCCAAUACACAAGAGUUAUCGAAAGAUAAAUGGUUGUGUCCGCUUAGUGGGAAAAAAUUUAAAGGACCAGAUUUCAUUCGGAAACAUAUCUUCAAUAAACAUGCAGAAAAAGUAGCAGAGGUGAAAGCGGAAGCGGAAUAUUUCAACAAUUAUUUAAGGGAUCCAAAAAGGCCCCAGCUUCCCGAACAUCCAGGAAAUAAAGCACCUCCAAGAGAAAAUUUACGCGAAGGAUUUACCCCUUAUGGAUGUAGCACAUUUGGAAGCUAUGGUAGUGGUUACGGUGGUAGCAGAGGAGGGUAUGGAUCAAGUUACGGCGCAGGAUUUGGUGGUGGGUUUGGAAUGCCACGUUCCAAUCGUGGUGGUUUCAACAGAGGACGUGGCGGAGGAGCAGACUUUCGACCAGUCAUUCAUUAUCGGGAUCUUGACGCACCAAGAGAACCAGAUGAAUUUCUUUAAAUAGCAUUAAAAAACGAAAAAGCAAAGGAU